CCACAGAGGCUCGUGGCUCUUACCUACCCCCAAGGGUUUCAUUACCAUAUUCCAUCAAGUGGUUCACAAAUAUACUACAGCUGGUCAACUCGAUUUGGUUUUUGUUCUUCCUCAGUGCGCUGGUGUUUAAGAUCAGGUUCUUGCAGAAGGUUGAUGAUUUGCAAUUUGCCCAUACACGGGGAGUGGAACCAUUUGCUAUUUUAUAGAUGUAUUAUUAGUUAUGAGAUCAUCCUUUUUACACUGUGAUAGUGGUUUUGGUGUCUGUAAUAAACAAGUGCAAGACAAAUUGCUUUAUUUGAGAGGGUAAAAUGCCAUCUAAUUAUCUCUCCAGUCUAAGCACUGCAUUCAAGCGGGUGAUUCGGAGAUCAUAUCAGGGCAAGGGUGGAUUCCAAGACUCGGUGGGAGUUUUUAUUGGCCAGGGGAAAUUGUUGUUUGGUUACGAUAGGCUGUUCCACUCUGCACCAUUUUCAACACUGUGUGAUCUGCACAUGGUUGUACAAUCUGGAACUGUUGUUGCUGCCCAAUCAAAUUUGCAUUUAGUAAGCCGAAGAAGAAAUCUUUCAGUUAUUGGAGCACUUUCACGGACAUUUUCAAUUCCGUCUGUGUCAGGGCCUUCGUUACAGGUUUGUGGUUAUCACGUCGAUCGUCUACUAUCUGAAACCAGCCCCUUUCCUUCGGACAUAGAAUUUCAGAAGAAACAAAUGGCUGUUUGUGGUUCUAGAUCUGUCUUUAGUGACUGUUCCUUACACAAUGUAGCUUCAAAGCUUGGGCAUCUCUCUAUGUCUGCCAAUAAUGCUGCUACCUGUUGCCGCAGUAGAAGUUCUGACAAUUGCAGAAAAGCCAGUAUGAGUUUGAGAAAAAAAGAACAGCCCAACAAUUUGUUUCUUUAUGGAUAUUUCAUGUACAGUAUUGCGAAGAGGAGGGGCAACUCUAUUCCACACAUGGAGUUUGGAUUCCGGGGCUUCCAUAGCUCAUCACCUGCGUGCUCAUCUGCAGGUACUGCUCCGGAUGUGUCAUUUGACAACUCUGGACGGGAGGAUCAACUUGCAAGUUCUACAGUUUCUCCAGAGCAGAAGGACCUAGCAGAGAGAGCACUCAAGCUGAAUUCAGGUUCAUGCUAUCUGCCUCAUCCUGACAAAGAAGAAACUGGCGGGGAGGAUGCUCACUUUAUCUGUGCAGAUGAGCAAGCAAUUGGUGUAGCAGAUGGUGUCGGUGGUUGGGCUGAUUUGGGUGUUGAUUCUGGGCAAUUUGCUCGUGAACUUAUGUCUAAUUCAGUAGCUGCAAUUAGGGAAGAACCCAAGGGUUCCAUUGACCCAGCCAGGGUCUUGGAGAAAGCUCACUCAAGUACAAAAUCCAGAGGGUCCUCAACUGCUUGUAUCAUUGCACUCACAGGCCAGGGUUUACAUGCAAUUAAUUUGGGAGACAGCGGGUUUAUAGUGGUUAGAGAUGGAUGCACCAUUUUCCGGUCCCCUGUACAGCAGCAUGAUUUCAAUUUCACAUUUCAAUUGGAAAGUGGAUAUAGUGGUGAUUUGCCUAGCUCUGGUCAGGUGUUUACUAUUCCUGUAGCUCCUGGAGAUGUUGUGAUUGCCGGCACUGAUGGGCUCUUUGACAAUUUGUACAACAAUGAGGUUACUGCGGUGGUGGUUCAUGCUGUGAGAGCUGGCUUGGGUCCUCAGGUUACAGCUCAGAAGAUAGCAGCACUGGCACGCCAAAGAGCACAGGAUAAAAACCGGCAGACACCUUUCUCCACUGCUGCCCAAGAUGCUGGAUUCCGUUAUUAUGGUGGCAAGUUGGAUGACAUCACUGUCGUUGUUUCCUAUAUUACUAGCACCAGCCAUUUGUCUUCUCCUUCAGCAACCGGCUCUAGCUAGAGAUUCACUUCUUCAUGCCACCUGCAAUGCUUGUCUGAAAUUGCCAAUCCAUGCACGAGCUGUUCAUUUCAGGUUUCUUGCCAUGUUCCGUGCCAUUUCCAUGGAAUUUUAACCUGUGCCCAUUCUGGUCUUUCCUUGGCUAAUGAGCUCAACGUGCUUUUGCACCCUCAAACCACUGCUGCUGUAUAUAUUAGAAUCUGAACAUGCAUGUGCAUUUUUGCCAGGAUGGAGGAGGUUUAAUCUUUCAGGUUUCAGACAUGGAGGUGGGCUCGUCAUAGAUUCUGUACAAAACUCCAUCUUAGGAGGGAAGAGGUCAGAACUUAGUGGUGUUUUUCAUUAUUUUGGGAACUUGUCAAGGUGACGCGAUCUCGCAAAUAAUAAUGUCAGUGGAGCUUGUGUUACUACUGUUUGGACUUGAUGUGGAAAACGUUUGUGCUUGAUUUAUAAAUUGAAGGGAAAAUGUUUUUGUGUUACUGGCUAAUAAUCCUCGUGGAUUAUUUUUUAUUGUACAAAUAAGUGGUUAAAGACAUGACAUGUUGGUUCUA